ACAAUUUCCUUGCUAAUUUUGACAAUCUAGCGGUAAACUUGUCUUUGUGUCUUUUUCCACAGACAUUAGUGUGUGCGCGUAACUUUGGAAUCUUAUCGUACAGUAAAAUACCGAACGGACAGCUAACUGGAGCUACGUUAGCUAACUAAGCACUCGUCACCGUCUAUCUGGUGGAAAUGAUCGAGUAAACUUAAGCGUUGGAGGAGAUGGCAGAGCUCCCGUCUGGUCUGCUGGAGGCGUGUGUAGUGGUGGGGGCUUCCAGUGAUAAACUUCGGGAUUUACAUCACAUUAAGCUAUAUGAGCUCCCCCUGCUGGAAGCAGAGGUAUUGCAGGUCCAUGCACCGCCCUUUGUUUCCCGGGAGACCAACUCCAGCCACAUGAUUGGUCCAGCUUUCAGCCGUGUCCAGAGAAGAAAGAGCUUCAUUAAAAAGAAGAGGCGAGAUCGUGCUGCCGGAUCACUUUCUAACGGAGAAUCGAGUAGUCGGGAUGAGGUGUCGUCAGCGACGGAGGACAUCAGCGUUCCCAAGGAUCUGGACCUCAUCGCUCUGCCACAACUCUGCUUCCCUGGUGGGCUUCACUUAGCUGUGGAGCAAAGGGACGAUAGUUAUCACUUCCUGGUUUUCACCGACCUGUUUGGCAACCGAACCCAUGGAGUUGUAGUACAGUACUACAGAUCUGUACAGUCGUGUCUGGGAGAUGGCGUCCAGAACGGCCAUCGACGGAAUUCAACAAAGUCCCGCCUCUACGUUCCCUUUGCCGUGUGCAUCAUAUCCAAGUUUCCUUACUACAACGCCCUGAGAGACUGCUUGUCGUGUCUGCUGGUUCAGUUACGGACGGCAAGACAGAGCGACUUUGAUGAAGCGAUCAAGGAGUUUUCCGCCAAACUGUCUCUUGUGCCGUUACCACCUCCUGGACAGCUGCAUGUGUCUUUCAGUCUCCGCCCUCUUCAAGUGGUCCUUCCAUCCGCUGAGGAUCAGGACGGUCCUGUUGUCGACAUUGAUCUUCAUCUUCCACUUCUCUGCCUUCCUCCCACGGCUCUGCUCCUGGUGCUCUCCUGCCUCCUCCAAGAGCAGAGGACGGUCUUCUUCUCCUCCGACUGGGCCAGACUCACCCUGUUAGCAGAGAGUCUGCUGUUAUAUCUGCAGCCACUCUCCUGGCAGCAGCCUUAUGUUCCUGUGUUGGCGAGAGGAAUGCUGGACUUCCUCAUGGCUCCUACAGCCUUCCUGAUGGGCUGUCACAUUAAUCAUUUUGAAGAAAUCGCUGCUGAGACAGAAGACUUGAUCCUAGUGAACGUUGAUGAAGGCAUCGUUCAGUCUUCUUGGUCUGAAACCAUCGAGCUACCUACUAUCCCUGCAGCUGCAGCAGAGUGCUUUACGUCAAGAGCAGAGAGCCUCCAGCUUCACUACGACCUGGAGCUGUGCCACCUCGGAGCGGGCACCGAUAUCGACUCUCUUCGAUUCCAACGCAGAGGCUGGCAGAGGAGUCUCAACUCCCAGAUACAAAACAUCGCCCUCGAGCUAGUGGUCAACAUCUUCAGAGGAGUUCAGGACUUUCUAAACCACGAACACCGAGUCUUUAACAGCGAGGAGUUUCUGAGAACGAGGGAACCUGAAGAUCAGCUGUUUUACAAGAAGGUAUUAGAAACUCAUAUCUUUCACUCAUUCCUGCGAGACAGGCUGAACAGGAAACGGGACACCUUCAGUCGCAUGGAGCAGAUGACUCGUAACCAAGUGUCCAGGAAUCGUGCAAUGACGGAGUCUCCCCGCCGUCCUCCGAUGUCCGAGAUGUCCCGUAGUGGCUACAGCAGGUACACCAGUCCAGACCGUCGACUGAGCAAAAGACUGGGAGCCAGUCUGCCUAAUCUGGACCAACCCAUCCAUGAAGUCCACAGUAUCAACCCCAACAGAUCUCAGUCCGUCUGCAAGAUGACUCCUGAUACGGGGCUGAAGCUUUCUCAGAAACCUGUGAAGGUGUUUCAACUUCCGGAGUUCCCGCCACCGCUGGCCUACCACUAUGUCCAGAAUUAUUACAACAGCAUGGUCGCGUCUCUGAAGAAGGCUAUCGAGAUGACAUCACCAGAGGAGUCUGCUCUGUUGGCCAGGUAUCAUUACCUGCGUGGUUUGGUGAACACCGUGUCCAACAAGCGUCUGGAUGCCUUAGAGGACUUCCAGAGCCUCUACAAGACAGAUGCAGAAAUCUUCCCUUCGCAGAUGGUCAAGUCUUUGGUUGCCUCCCUUUCAGAAGCGGAACGUUUACAAGGCGACAAGCGACCAGACAUCAAAAGUCUUAUCAGUCGAGUGAAGAGGGAACAGGAGCGGGAGCGGGCGAUCGAGGGCAGCAAGCACAACGAAGCUGCCAUAAAGCGCUUCCAACUACCGAAAACCUACAUGCAGCUACAGGAGUUUGUUAAAUGUGUUCAGGAGUCAGGAAUGGUGAAAGACCAAGGAACCAUUCACCGGCUGUUUGAUGCUCUGACUGUUGGUCAUCAGAAGCAGGUUGGUCCAGAUUUAUUUCGGGUGUUUUACACCAUCUGGAAGGAGACCGAGGCCGAAGCUCAAGAGGUUUGCUUGCCACCGUCGGUCGUGGAGCACAUCGACGAAUCGGAGUGCGUCUUUAAAUUGUCGUCCUCGGUGAAGACCAGCCGAGGCGUGGGGAAGAUCGCCAUGACACAACGACGGCUUUUCCUGCUGACCGACGGACGACCAGGAUACGUGGAGGUGGCACAGUACCGAGACUUGGAGGAAGUGAAGGUUUUCUCCGCUCCUUUCUUACUCCUGAGAAUUCCCAGCUUGAAGCUUCGAGUUCAUGGAAGGAAGGAGGCGUUUGAGGCAAAUCUGAAAACAGAGACGGAGCUUUGGAACCUGAUGGUUAAAGAAAUGUGGGCCGGCCGAAUAGUUGCUGACCGACACAAGGACCCUCAGUACAUGCAGCAGGCUCUGACCAACGCCUUGUUGAUGGACGCCGUGGUGGGCAGCCUUCAGAGCAGCAAGGCCAUCUACGCUGCCUCCAAACUGGCUCACUUUGACCGCAUCAAGAUGGAUGUUCCUAUGAUGAUUCCUAAAACAACAGCAGACACGCUGAAACAUAAAAUAAAUGUUUCUGUGGAGCUGGCUGCACCUCAGGCUGUGGAUGUACUGCUGUACACACCAGGUCAGCUGUGGGUGUCUGUGAGUGGGGGGAAGAUGAUGGUGUUUGAUGCCUCCAGCUGGUCUCUCAUACAAACCUGUCAAGUUGGGAAUGCAAAACUGAACUGCAUGCUGGGAGUAGACAAGGACCAGGUGUGGGUGGGCUCUGAGGACUGCGUUAUCUACAUCAUCAGCAUCGUGUCCAUGGUGUGUAACCGACAGCUGACAGAACACAGGGCAGAGGUCACCGGAUUGGCGCUGGACACUGACAAGAUCAGCCACAAGGUGGCGUACUCUUGCAGCGCUGAGGGGACCAUUAUAGUGUGGGACGUCUCGACUCUACAGGUGAGGAAGCAGUUCCGUCUGUCCUGUGAUCGUCUGCUGUCCGUCCACAGCUGCAGCAAAACCCUCUGGUGUUGUUCCAGAGAUAGUAUAAUGGAGGUAUGGAGGAACGGUACUUUAAAACAGCGCACGAGCUUUCCAGAACAUCAAAGAGUUACUUUAAGCUUCACGUUGCUCUUAGCUGAGCGGGAGGAGCUGUGGUGUGUGUUUGGAGACUCCACAGAGGUGUACAUUUGGCACAUUAAGGACACUGUCAGACUGUUCCACCGCAUGGUGCUUCCAGACUGCAUCGGCUGCUUCGGCAUGAUUAAAGUUAAAAACCAGGUGUGGGUCGGUGGGUUGAGCCUCAGCUCGACCAAAGGGAAGGUUUACGUCAUCGACGCGGAGCGCUACGAGGUCCUGAAGGAGCUCCACGGUCACGGCGACAAGGUGACGGCACUGUGCUCCGCUGAAGAUCGCUACGUCCUGAGUGGAGCCGGAAAACAGGACGGAAAAAUCGCCAUCUGGAAGGUGGAUUAGAAAGACCUGGAAUCAAGCACUUUAGGGUUCUGGAUGACUCGACUGCUACAUUAAGCUUGGUUUCAAGGUUAGAAAUUAUUUUUUAAAACAAGGUAAAAUCCACGUGAAGGAAUUUGUUUAUAUGAAGGAGCAGCCAGCGUGAAGCAUUUCCUGCUUUCUUAGUCAAAUGAAGGAAUAAAAACAAGUGAAAUACAAAAUCUGAGCACGAAUCCUGCUGAAGGUGUUCAAGCCAACGUGCCUCAGUCCUCUGAAGGCCAUAUUUGUAGGCCGUGUGCAAUGUGGGAACGUUAUGUGAGCGAGCUUCACCUCCAGCUGUGAGGUUGAUAUGAAAAACUAGUUCAGAGGAGUCAAACUACCAGGAAAACAGGAACGAGGCGGGAGGUUUCAGCAGCGUGGUGGGAAUGCCGCAACAGGAAUUUGUUUGGAUGGAAGUUGGGCUUUGAUUGUAACACUAUGAUACUUGGUGGUGGGAACUGGACUAGUGGAGCGGACGAGUAUCAGAGGAAACGUGUCCAAAAGUCUGUCAAUAGGGUCAUUUCUUCGUUUCUACCGUUUGUUUCACUGGUUUAAAAAAAAAUCUAAAUUGUUAGAUUUUAGGUGUCUUAAAGUUGAAAAAGAAAAUGUUUCACAUGUAUUGAUUUAUAUUUAUAUUCACUUGUGUUCUAACUUUGUCAUUUUUACAGUGUUAUUUGCAUCAGUACUGAAAAAAGGAACAACUUUGUUGUGUUUUUUAGAUUAUUUCAAGAAAAAAGUAUUUUUGAUUAAACUCUUUUUAAACUAUCAA